GGGAGCCGCAGCAGCGGAAUUGCGUAGCGCAUAGAGGGAGGCUUGAGCCCGGUCUUCUCCUCUCUCAGUCCCGACCUCCCUUCCCGUGCUCGCCUUCCCCGCAUCCAUUUUUGCGAUCGGACUAAUCCAUCCGCCCCCCAAUUAACCUUCCUCCCCUCCCUAGGGUUUGGUUGGGUUCGGUUCCGCUCAGCUCGGCUCGGCCGCGGGGGCAUGGCGUACGUGGACCACGCCUUCUCCAUCUCCGACGAGGACGACCUUGUCGGCGGCGCCGUCGGGGGCCCCCGCGGCGCACCCGUCAAGGAGAUCGCCUUCGCCGCCGCGCUCCUCGCCUUCGGGGCGCUCGGCGUGGUCGCCGGCCUACUCAUGGCCGUCAACCGCGUCGGAGGGGACCGCGCGCACGGAAUUUUCUUUAUGGUAUUGGGCAUUGUAAUGUUCAUCCCCGGGUUCUACUACACAAGAAUCGCCUACUAUGCUUACAGAGGUUACAAGGGCUUCUCGUUUUCAAACAUCCCGCCAAUCUGAAGUGGUGUUGCCGGUUCAGAGUUCAGAUCAACUCGUCCAAUGGCUCUGCUUAUAGAGUAGACACCCUUGCUCAACAUGUUUCUUGUGUCGAUUUCUGUCAACCUUGCACUAGAAUGAGCUGGUGGACAUGUACAUAUAAAUGCAACCACAACGCUGUAUUACGGUGACACUUGGAAGGUUGUUCGUUGUGUGAAUAUGUCGAGUUCAUUGCA